AUGAUGAAGAUUACAUUGUUCGCUCUGGCCGCUUUGGCGAUAGUGUGCGCUCAAGAACAAGCCGCUCCCGCCCAGCCUGCUGUGCAAAUCGUGAAACAAGUGGAGGAUGUUGAUGUUGACAAGUACAAUUUCGAGUACGAAACUAGUGACGGCACGUCCAGACAAGAACAGGGUGAAUAUAAGAAUGAUACUGAACAACAGGGUCUUGUAGUAAAAGGCAGUUACAAGUACGUUGCCCCUGACGGUCAACACAUUUCUGUCUCUUUCGUCGCUGACAAAAAUGGCUAUCAACCAACAGAAAACAAAGAUGAUUCUGCCCAACCCGCAGCUGUUUAG